AUGAAACUGACAGCCUUAUUCGUGAUGAUAGUGGUGGUAUUAACAGCUCUUAUGGGAUCCAAUGAAGCGGCGCCGGGUAAAAUACCGAUAAACGCUAUCAAAAAAGGCGCGCAAGUUGUUGGUAAAGGAUUACGAGCAAUAAACAUAGCCAGCACUGCGCAUGAUGUCUACACAUUUUUUAAACCUAAAAGAAGGAAGCAUUGACAAAAGUUGAUAUUAGUCAAGUUAUUAUAAGUAUAAAAAACCCAGCUUAAUUAAAAAGUUAUAGAUAGAUAUAACAACAUUUUUGUUACUUUCUUUACAUCGAUAAUAAUCUAAGCCGUCAUGUUAAUAAUUAUGUAGGUAGGUAAUUAGAGGAAGAAACAGAGGAUUGCUUAUUGAAAUGAAUUAAAAUAGUCAAAUAUAAUAUUAAUUAAGAGCUCUACUUAUAAGCUGCAUUUAUAAAUGUUUAAUGUGCCAUGAAAUGAAUUGUAUACUCUUU